GUGAAGUGAUCACACCUGCUCAGCAAGCCCGCUGGAUCACGUCUCCUUCAGAUAAAGGUUCGGCCGAGGCGUUUAGUGAGCACUGCUCCUGUCUUUGUUGAGGUCCUGCUUCACUAUGUGGUUUCUGGUUUUCAUCUGCUUGGUCACUGCCGUUGGUGGUGUGCCUGUUCAUCCAACCCAGGAGGCCACAGAUAAUGUAACUUCUCUGCUUAAUGUGAUGAUGCCAGCCAAGUCUUUUGGCAUGGUCUCUGUAAAUCACACCCAGAAUGGGACUGGUCCUGAGGCAGGUACGGCGACUUCAAUGCUUGAGCAACAGCAGACCAGUGCAGAAGAACUUGAAGACAAUCAAAAUGUCGAAGAGGGAGAUAUGUUGACUCUGUUCCAGGAGGACAGGAACGCUGUACAGACUGUGUGGUCGGACGCCAUCAUGCCGUACACCAUCAGUGAUGCGCUGGCCGACCGAAAGGAUAACAUCCUCGCUGCCUUCAAGAUGAUAUCGGAUGUGUCCUGCAUUCGCUUCGUACCGCACACCGCGGAGUUCAACGUCCUCAACAUCGAAGAUGGCAAAGGCUGCGCCUCCUUCGUCGGUUGUCAAGGAGGAGAACAGCCGCUGUAUUACAGCAGCAAGUGUAGAGUGGGGAACCUCUGCCAUGAGCUCAUUCACGCUCUGGGUCUGCACCACGAACACACCCGCGAGGACCGGGACGAGCACAUCACGGUGCAGUGGGAGAGCAUCGUGCCAGGGAAAGAAUCAAACUUCAAGGUGCAACAGGGAAACACUCAGAACCUGCCGUAUGACAUCAACUCCAUAAUGCACUAUGGGCCGUAUUUCUUCAGUCAAGAUGGGAGUCAGACUGUGGUGCCCAAGCAGAGUGGGGCGGACAUGGGUCAGCGAACACACCUCAGCGAUCUGGACAUCAAGAGACUGAACAAACUCUAUCACUGUGAUGAUCGGAUGUAACCCCAAUGAGCUUCAUUUACUGACCUGCAUUGUGAGAUUUAAUAAAAU